AUGCACCGUGUGAUGUGUGUGUUGGCCGUUGUGCUGUGCUGUGCCUGCGGGUAUACCAUGGCGGCUGCUGCUGCUGUUGCUACUGAUGGACAGCCAAAGGCGGUGAUGGCGUUUGACAGUUUUGGUGAUGGUGAUGGUUCAUCAAAAAUACUUGAAGACCUCUAUCCAGGUUCGUUACCAAAACCUAAAGAUGGACACACAGAUUCACCUCGAGGUGAUCAAGGUCAGCUUGGUGAACCUGGUCCAGAGAGACAAAGAGUCGAAGGUGAACGAGAGGUGACUCUUCACACAACAGAGUCUCAUCUUCCUGAUGAAUCUGCUAAUGGUAAGGGUGAAUAUCUUGUUGUUACCUUCGAACCAAUUACGCGAGCUACUUACGACAAGUACUGUAAGAAGAACUCUUCUUCUAUUAUUAACGGAAAAAAUUGUUCGGUGUUGUUAAAAUAUCUGGAGGCAAAAGCUAAAUUACCACCUUCGCCUCCUAAGGAAAGUAAAGAUGCAGACGGGCACUCUAAUGAAAGUGGGACUGGAAGUCACUCCGGUAGUGGAGGUGUUGCUGCAGGGAAUGGUGAACCGCAAGCAGCUGAAGUGGUGCAAGGAAGUACAGGAACGGAAGGGAACGCAAUUACAGCCACACCAGAAGGAAGUAAUACUGCAGCUACAAUGCAAAACCAAAAUCAUGAAACGACUGCAGCACCACAAACUGACAAUGAAACGUCGAAUACUGGAAACAGUGCGACUGCCGCAGCAACAACAACUCCAUCUCCGUUACCCGACCCACAGAUCAACAACACUCUUACAGAAGCACCAACCGCAACACCAUCACCAUCACCAUCUCCUGUACCCAACGCAGAGAUCAGCAAUAUCGCUUCCACUGUACAGAAUAAGGCUAAUGUUGACAGCAGUGUCAGUCCUGUGUGGAUGCGCACUACAGCAUCGCUGCUGAUUGUGGGUGUGUUGGUCUCCGCUACCGUGUACUGA